CUGAGAAUUUCCUUUAUUUAAAGCCUGAAUUACGUUCUGAAGCAUUCCUUUUGUAAUCUUUCCAAUCACUUACUGUGAUGGUAUAUUUCUGUAUAUGAAAAGCUCCUCCUUUUUUUCUUUUUUUUUUUUUUUCUUUUUCCCCAGGCUAUGCUACUUCAGUUGUGAGGUUGCUAGAGAGCAACAGAAGUCACAGAAUCUCUCUUUGGAAAUGAAGUGGUUGCCAUGACAAUGCUCCCAGCUGCUUCUUGCCCCAGAUGAGAAAAUCAUUUUUAGACUCCCAUAUUACAAGGUUAGGCUACAACAUUUUAAACUAAACAAUACAGCUAAUUGAUUCAAAUCAAAGAUCAUUGUAUUGCUUGCUAAAAAUUUUCUGGCUGAUAUUCAGCUAAAAUUGUUGAAUAAAAUAUGUUCUGUUACAUACUGUUAAUUUAACUGUUCAGGGUUUUUUAUUAUUGUUAUUUGGUUUUGAUCAGAUACCUGAGGUAAAAUUGGUGCGUUGACAAGAAUUUCAUCUUAUUCAAUUUACUAAAUGUCUGUAGUAGUAGUGGUAGAAAUUAUCCCAAAAGGGAAGCUGACUGAUACUUAGAUAAGAAGUGUUUAAAAUAUGACUGAGUUUGAAUCGUAUUUUGUAAUAUGCCAAAUUUGGAUCAAACCUGAAAUGCUGGAUGCUUCUGCUGUUUAUUAUCUCUGAAGUCCAGACAAUUGAUCACAGAAAUAUUGGUUGCAGGGAACUUCUGAUGGUCUCUAGUCAACUUCACUUUGAGUGGGAUCAUCAGCAACACUACUUUAGGUCUGUCAUGCUGUGUCUAGCCAGUCUUAAAAACCUCUAGGCUUGGAGACUUCACAACCUGCCUGAGAAAGCUGUUCCUGUGCUGCGCUCCUCCUGAUGAUCAAGGUUUCCUAAAUGACCAAUAUGAAUCUCCUUUGUAACCUACUACUGGGUCAUUCCUUAACAUCUUCAUUGUCUGGCUAAACAAGCCCAGCUCUUUCAGCCUCUUGUCAUAGGUUGUAUUGUUGGCCCUUGACCAUCUUGGUACCCUUCACUGGAUCCUCUCCAGUUUACAAGCAUACAUCGUGAACUGAUGGGCCCCAGAAUGGACACUAUUCCAGGCAUGGCCUUGAUAUUCCAGGGGUAAAGAGGGAUAUUAACUUCAUCUUUUAUGCUGCUUAUACUGUGACUCACGUGGUUUGCCUUAUACAGGAUGAGAGCAUGCUGGUUCACAGUCAGCUACGUGUUGAGUGUAGCUCCUUGGUCUUUCCUGUGGUGCAAGACUCCUACUCAAGUAGUGAGUUAUCAGUCCAUACUGAUAAUUAGGCAUGCACCACUCUGCAUAGAACUUUGCUCUUCCUGUUUUUGUUGUUGGCCACUUUUAAGUUUAUCAGUGUUCCUCUGGACUGAAGUUCUAGCAUCUAUUAUGUUAGCAUCAUCCCCAAUUUUGCGUAGACUGUGUGCUGUCAGAUCAUCUAGUUCACUGAUGAAGAUAAUGAACAGUAUGAACCCAACUAUCGAACUCUUAGACACAACGUUUUUUAACUAUCUCAUUCAUGAAUAACUUGUUAAUUACUCGAGAAGCAUUCUGUCCCUUAUUUAAUAAAUGAAAUCACUAAGAAUUAGUUAGCUCAUAGAAAUCACUAAGAAUUUUAAGAGUUUUCAGCAUAUCAUCUAGUCUUUUCACCAUUGCUUUCAGGAAUGAUUUUGUCAAUUUAUCCACACCAUCCCUUUCAAAUGUAUGUCUAAUCUUGAAAAUUCCAGAGCGAAGGUAUUUGUUCUUGUGUAUCAACAGAGAAUAGCAAAUAGUUUCCUAAGCAUCUUGGCCUGCUUUUUUUUUCCUUUUCUUCCUUUUUUUUUUUUUUUAAUAUAUUGUCUUUAUAAUGCUGCACACACUUUUCCCUUAGAAUCAGGAAUUUUACCAUGUUAAAAGUUGUGUCACCUAAAUUGCUUUCCACAUGAAUGUUCUCCAACAGUUUUCAAUUGCAGCAAUUGUAUCUGGCAAUUUUUGGAACCUUUAGAAUAAAAAGUAAGGUGUCUUAUCAUACUCUUUUCCAAAGCUACCUGAGUAACUGCAGUUUUUCAUUACAGCUGUGGCAGCUGAUUUAUAAUCAAACAAUUAUUUUCCAUUGUCUUCAAUGAUGAUGGAUUUGGAUGUAUUCUUCAAGUUAGGUCCUAAUUCAGUGUUUUUGUUAAAAGCAAAUCCUUUUCAAUUCAGGUAAGUUUCUACUCCUUUCGACUUUAUUCUAUGGUUCAACAGGAAGACAUGAAAAAUAUGUUAGAAAAAAAUAUUUUAGUUUUUACUUCAGAAUAAAGAAAUGUAUUUUCAUAAAGAAGUCUGAAAAAAAUAUUUCUGAACACUUGUAAAGUCAAAUGUUUCUAAGAGGGAAGCAUUUGUUUUCUUGUUUUGUUUCUUAUUUUGUUUUACAUUCAGUCAAGGAUAGAUGCCUUGGUUCAUUUCCAAAAUAAUGGUUCAUUUGACAAAUAGUGAAUAUGUAAAAAGGGAUUUAUAGGCUGUGUUGAAAAUAGUCUUAAAUGCAAUGUGUCUUAGCAGUUUAAGAACUGGUUCCAGCUUUGUUGGACAAAACACAUAUUGCACGUGCCAUUACCAGCUCGGAAGUUCAAGAACAAGUGAAAAUAACUGCAAACAUUUUUUUGUUACUAUUCCUAUCUGAAGAUACAAAAGUGCAUUUAGCCAAGGUUGCAAAGCAAUUCAGAGUCAAAGUUGUUCAAAGGCACAGAAGUAUUUCUAUGGACUGUUGUUUUCUUUUAUUUCUAUUUAAUUGCAUAUGAAAUACAAAUCCUCAUAUGUUGUGCUUUCACUGAGGAUGAAUUAUUGAAGAACAGAAAUUAUGCAUAGAACAAAUCCUCAAGUAGAGGAUGCAUGGGACUUAAAUACUCCUUAAGAUUUAAUUGCAGCUUUUUCAGGGAUACAGGAAGUGUUCAAACUGGGUUGCAGGAUAGAUCAAGGAGCACCAAAAAGUGUUGAUUCAUCUUGAAAAGGAUAAAUGCUAGAUCAGUUGUCAUCCAGAUAAACAAUACAACUUUCAGGUGCAAGAAUAUAUAGCAACAAUUAAUUCAUCUAAUUCAUUCACGUUUUGACCUGAAUGACCAUUAAUCAACUCUUGUUAAUCCAAAUAAACUAAAAUACAAACCUAUUAACCAACCAGUUCUGCUUUUUUUUUCAUCUUCGCUUUUUAAAACUUUGAGACAUUACUACGUGUUUUAAUGUGAAUAAGUCUGAAGCAAAAACAUGGUUUAGGGUCAGUUUCUUCCUAAUACUUAAUUUUUAAGUUUUCUUUAUGUGAUUUUAAUCUAUAUAUAUAUAUAUAGAUAGAUUUAUACUAGCAGUAUAGCAUCUGGUUAAUUUACCUGUGUAAAAUGACAUAGUAAAUGUCAACGACUACCUGUUAUGUGUAUAAGCAACAUAAGUAAUGCUCUGAACUAAAACCUUUUAUCCAUUGCUAUGUCUAUUUAUUACUCAUGGAAAUUAAUUUAGUUACGGUAUUACUUUAAUCCUUAUGGAAGAACUUUGUACUUUAUGGUUCAUAUAUACUUACUUGCAAGUGGAAUAUGUCAGACCAAAGUACACCAGAGUAAGCACAAUGUGAAAUAUUGAAGAUACAAUUUUGCUGCCCUUCUACAUUUGAGAUAGUGUGUUGGAGCUGAUUUAUUCACCUGGACUUGAGUAGCAGGCAAAGUACAACUGUAGAGAAUGAGCUCAUGCGUUUGCGUGCACUUCUGUCUUUGCUAAGCUUCGCUGAAAGCGGUAAGGUGCCUGCCUAGUGCUGUUUUCCUCAGUUGCUUUCUUAAUAACUUAUAAUACCAACUUCUAUUCUAGAAUUAAACGGAUCUGUAAAUCGUUUCAAUGUGUACUGUAAAUAUAGGGGAAGAAAAAAGACUGACUCACUCAAAAAUGCAAAAGGAAAAAAAACAGGUAGAAAAGAAAAUCCAGAUCCAAAUACAGAUUUCCUAAAGCUAAGUGAUGCAGUGAUGCUUGUAGGUUGGGUUUUGAUUUAUAGUCAUUUCUAAUAACAAUGUUUUUUUUUUAAUAAUAAUGAUAGAAGCUUUCAGUAAAAGGAUUACAUGACAGUGAGAAAUGCAAACACAGCAGAACUUAAGUGCUAUAGGGGUAACCAUGUGUUGAAUUUCAUGGAAGGGAAUUUUCCAGUUUAUUACAAUGUCAGAUGAUCAGCUUUGGAUGUAAUAAAUUGUAUGUUAAUAGUAAAUCAGAAUUAUUACUGAAUAGUUUUAGAGUAGAAAAUUGUUUCACUGGUUUUCUAUAUGGUAGGUAUAAAAAUUAAUUCUCAAGCCUGACUUUUAUUUCAAUGAUUUAUCUCAAACAUUUAAACAAAAAUGUGCUUUAUAAUUCUUCACUCUAGAAAACUGUUUGUUGGAUCUGCUACUGAAUCAGAUUCAUAAGGAAUGUGGCUCUGUUGCAAUGUAAAACACUGUCGAGAAGGGAGCUGGUCUAUGUCAGUUGUGCUGACGCUGGCAGGAAGUAAGCUCUGACCAAAGAGCUGCUUGCUAGACAUGUACUCUGCCUUCAUCAGAAGGGUUUGGCUAGAUUCUAAGUUAAAGUGUCCUUUGAGAGUAUGGGAAACAUACCUUAUCCUGAUUCAGUCUGAGCUGUCAUUGAUACUGAAAUUCCUCUUCCAUCAGACUGAUAUUUGCUGGGAUGAGGACCCCAGGAUUUAAUACAGUAAGAGCCUAAACCUUUCUGUGUUGGAUGGAGAGUUACUAGACAUGUAACACCCCCCCCAACACCACCCCCCAAAAAAAAAAAAAAAAAAAAAAGAGGACAAAAUGAGGCUCAAAAGUGUUUUGAUUCUAUUUUUUUGUUUCACCCCCUUUCGGUCUGGGUUAAGCCUGUAAUCUAUUUAAAGCUACAGAUGAAAAUUCAUCCAGAGCAUAGUCCAGAAUUGCUGAAGUGCAUUCUCCAGCGCAUGAAAAUACUCACAGUACUAGGAAGCCAUGAUUUUGAGCACUGUUUGAAGUAUGGACAGAUAGUCAGCAGAGCCAGUGUUCCUGUUCGUGCCAGAUGGUCUGUUAAUGUCUCUGUUUCCAUACAGUUUGGACUUGGGGGAAUAAGCAAACUUCAAUUCUGAUAAAUAUGUGUUUUUUAAGUUUUGUCCUUACGUUAUUUUCUAUGACCUUUUGUCAUACAAUAAUAGGUUGUAUUUUACUGCCCAUCAAGGUACAAGGUAACAGAAGUGAAUAUGUCUAAGUGACGCAGCACUGGGCUCCACGUCAGCUGGAAGUAGAUUGUGAAACAUCAGGGGAGGGAGAUGUCAGUGAAAGAUGGAAGAAGCCAAUUUUGACAGAAGCUCACUGUAUGGAAAGCAGGUGUUUCAAUCUAUUUCUCCUUCAGGACAUUCAAACUAAAAGUCAUAAAUCUUUCAAUUUUCAGUUCCAGUCUGUGUUAUAGUUCUGCAUUGCUGCAGGAGGACUGACUCAGAAGAUGCUGCUGAAGAGUUCAGUGGGAUUUGUUCUAUUCUUGCUUUUUCAUUUCCCUGUGUCAGUGAUGACCAAAGAGGCAGUGGUCUUGGCUAAUGCCCACCUUCUCCCUCAAAGAGGCUAUGAGAGACUGGCUAACAUCAAUGAAAAAGACUAUCCAAGGGAUUGUUUUGAGAUUUUUCAGCGCUCCAAAGGAAAUUGCAGAGAUGGUCUUUACAUCAUCCAACCAAAGGAAGACCCAAUUGUUGUCUCUUGUAAUAUGCAGGGGGGCUGGACAGUAAUUCAGCACAUUACAGCCAAUAGUACUGUUGACUUUGAUAGGACCUGGCAGGAUUACAAAUAUGGAUUUGGCUCUGUUCAUGACAACCACUGGCUAGGAAGAUAUAUGCAUCAGUUAACAGGAAGCACUGUGCAAUAAACUGGAGUUAAACUUGUAGAUCUAAAUGCUGAAAUCAAAUGGGGACAGUAUGAACCAUUCCUUAUUGAAGAUGAAAAGUCUCAGUACCGAAUUAGGGUUGGCCUAUACAAAGGCAACGCAACUGAUGCUCUGACCCUGGACACAGAAGCUUACCUCCAUGACAACCAGAAGUUCACCACCAAGGACAGAGACAAUGACAAUUACUUUCAGAACUGCAAACUAGAACACAAUGGCAUUCCUGGGGGAGGCUGGUGGUACGACGCAUGUGCUGGCGCGAAUCUAAACCGUAGGAAUGUGAUAUAUUGGCAAAAGGACUGCAACAAGAAACAUUUGUGCAAGUUUGCAUGGAUGAUGGUUAAACCCAUUGACCACAGCCUGUUGUAUGCAACCACGUCUUGUCCAUGUCAGAAGGAAGAACUGUAGUUGAGCCAUAUGUCCUUUGAAAGGAACAUGGAUUCCUUGUCAAGUGACUGAAGUGAGAUCACAUUGAUUGAAAAAGUAAUCGUGACUGGAAAAUUAAUUUGGGACUUUGCAAGGCCUUUAUGAUACCAUAUGUCCAGGAUUGGACCGAAAACAUACAGAUAACUACCAACCCAAAAGUAAUAAUAGAGGUGGCUGACUGAAACUGAGGCCUCUAACAAAAGAUUUAAAUGACCCACUUUAUAGAAUUUUAGCCUUCAAAGGAUUUAGAUAUGAAAUCCAUGAUAUGAUGUUUGUAGUAGAUAUACAUGCAUUUCAGAAGGUUUUGCUCCAGUAUGAAUGUUCACUGUUAACUGCACAUCUUCAUAAGUCAUGCAGGAAGGAAAUUUCAACGGAAUUACCUACAUUUGCAAAAUGCAUAUCAAAGAGUAUUGUAUACCAUAGGACAGCAUCAGAUCUUUCCUUUCUACCUUUAGUGAAAAGUAUUUUAAUAUUCGAAAUUGGAGUUAGCCUUAUCUCCAAUGGCUUCUUUUCCUAUUCAUUAACUUUUCUUUUUAUCUCUACUUUUAAUGCUUCCAUACCCAAUGAAGUAUUUAGCACAGUCUUUUCUUCCUUCUUAUUAGAGCAUCUUGAGCUAGUGGACUCAUCAGCUUUCUUAUUAAAAGCUACUAAUCUAAGGCUUACAACUCCUCUGAAUUUUCCUCAAGAAACCACAGUGAACACUAAAAAAAAAAAAGAUUAGGUUGAUUUAGCAUUUUUUUAUUUAUUGUUUCAUUGUUUUUCCUCAGUAUUACUGCAUUUUAUUUAUCAUGUUUUGGACUGUUGCUUCUUUCUGUUCUAUGAUGGGCUUAAGCUUUUUCCUCUUUUUAAUACCACUAUGAGAUAAGAACAGUGUGUUGGCUUUACUUCACAUUUGCUAGCUUCAGUUGUUUUGGCAGUCAACCUUGACGUUAUUUAAACACUGCCUUUUGUCUGAUCAUACACAAAAAGAGAGACUUUAAAUUUCAUCAUGAAUUCAUCUGUUUAAAAAUCAUAAAUAAAAGGAUUUCAGUUUUGGUAACCUUGAAGAUCUUGUACAGACGUUGGAGUUAUUUCACACAUUUUUAUGUCAUUGAAGUAGCUGAAUAACAUCUGAAGAGGUUUCAGUGUUGCAUUACACAAAAUGUCAGGAUUAUAUUUACAAUGUCUUGUAUGUUAUCUUAGAUAUUCAGUUACAGAAACUCAGGCAAACUGCUUUUUAAUUUAAAAGUGGAAUCUUUUAAUUUCCAUUAAAACAAUUUACAGAAAAUAAAUUGUG